AUGGCAGCGGUGAUGGUUGCUCGCCAAGGCCGUGAGCUGCAGCGGUACAGCGCGAGCACGGGCGGCCGCGUGGUGGUGGGCUGCGUCCCGUACCGCGUGCGCGCGGACGGCGAGGUGGUGGAGGUGCUCGUGAUCAGCUCGCAGAAGAAGGGCCCCGCGGGGGGCGUGCUGAUCCCCAAGGGCGGGUGGGAGCUGGACGAGUCCAUGGACGAGGCGGCCCGUCGCGAGGCCGCCGAGGAGGCCGGCGUGGUCGGGGAGACCGGCCCGGCCCUGGGCCGCUGGUGCUACCGCAGCCGCAGCUACCCGGACGCCACGUACGAAGGGUUCGUGCUCCCGCUCCGCGUCACCGCCGAGCUGGACCGGUGGCCUGAGAUGGCCGCGCGCCGCAGGGAGUGGGUCUCCGCCGCCGAGGCCAUCGCCCGGUGCCCGCACCUGUGGAUGCGCGAGGCGCUCCAGCGGUUCGCCGACACCGUCGCGGCGGAGGCGACGCACUUCGCCUCCUCCGCCCUGUAG